UGGGCCCGCGCGGGCGCUGCCGGUGGGCGCUGCUGCUGGCCUUGCUGCCGGCCGGUGAGUGCGGCCCGGGGCUCACGGCCCCCUCCGGAACCGCGGCCCGCCCUGCCCCGGGACACCCCCGCGGCGCAGGAGCCGGGACUCGGGAGGCGCCUUCGGGUUUCGCCCGGGGUUAAGGAUAAGAAAGAUAACAUCCUGCAGUGGAGUAAUGCAGUCCAUGUUUAGGAAUCAGCUUUAAUUUCACAACGUUUUCGUGGUGAAGGUUAAUGAGAAACAUUGGACAUGCAGCAACAUCUGACUGUUCGCUGGGGAGGAACAGUUGCCUCUCGCUCCUGGUGACAGUGCAGGAUGUCGAGCGUUACACCACCUUAUUUGCCACUGUCAUCCUCAAGUGUGACUACAGCACCUCGGCACAGCUGCAAGACGUGGUGGUGACCUGGCGCUUCAAAUCCUUCUGCAAGGACCCCAUCUUUGACUACUACUCAGCCUCAUACCAGGCUGGUUUAGCCCUUGGCCAGGACCCCUCUAACGACUGCAAUGACAGCCAGCGGAAGGUGCGAAUUGUCAUCCAGAAAUACGGGCAGAAGGACCCUGUGCUGGGCAUCGACUACCAGCAGCGAAAGAUCACCAUUCAGAACCGAGCAGACCUUGUCAUCAGUGAGGUCAUGUGGUGGGACCAUGGCAUGUACUACUGCACUGUGGAAGCACCAGGAGAUACCUCAGGUGAUGCGGACAAAGAAGUUAAGCUGAUUGUUCUCCACUGGCUCACAGUACUCCUCAUCAUUCUCAGUGGCCUCCUCCUCCUUCUGCUGAUCGGGAUAUGCUGGUGCCAGUGCUGCCCCCAGUAUUGCUGCUGCCACAUCCAGUGUGGCUGCUGUCCAACACGGUGCUGCUGUAAUCAGAAAGUGCUGGAACGGCACCAGUUCAUGAAGCGGGCUCAGGCACUUGCACCUUGGUUGUCACCCAACAUGUUCUACGGAGCUGGUGACAGGAACUCAAAACUUUCCUCUUACCAGCUGAACCCCCUGCUGCAACAAGAUGUAUCUCUGCAGAACAGUCUUCCACUGGUGCAGCCACAAGCCCAGCUUUCCCAUAACAACGGUGUUUUGGACUAUCUGGAGUCUGAAAUCCAAAACCUGAACAUGUCCCAGCUGCGGCCGCCCUCCCACCAGCGGCAGGCGGUGCAGCCCAGCUUGCUGUCCUCGCUGGGCUCCGACAUUGUGCCACCUCCUCUUGCCAACCACAUCUCCUCCAUCCAUGGGAGCAGCAACUCCUCAUGGCCACAAAGAGCUGCCCGCACCCCCAGGCCCUGGGACUCUGCAGCAGAGGACAGAAGGGAAAACCGGAGGUGGCCCUUGCCUUCCAGUGGGGAUUCUCAUUCCAGCUACAGUCAGGAGCCCUGGGACAGGCAGCGAGAGGAUCAUCCUCAGAGGCAGAGGACAGGUGGCUACAAUGGCAGGCCCCAGCACCCCAGACAGGAUGUGUCACCCCCACGCCAAGCUGAGAGGGGCAAGGGCAGCAGCAGUUUCUAUCCGGAGGAGACCAAGGAGCGCUCCAGUCACCAUCGCAGUGGGAGGCAGGAGCCUGGGGGAAGGCAAGAAUACGAGCACCAUGCUGGGAGGAGCAACUACUCUGGCCAGAGGCGGCACAGCUACUCCCCUCCCUCUUCUCACAGGGGCUCCUGGAGCUCCUCAGAAGAGCAAGUCCGUGUGCCAGUGUCAAACCGCAGGCGGAGGAACCGCAGGUCCCGGGAGUGGCCAGAAGAGAAACCCCCCAGUUACCGCUCCUUAGAGAUCAUCCCAGCUCAGGACAAGAAGCACAAAGGCAGCACAGGGACCCGCUCGGACAGAGGAAGUUCCCACAGUGGAAGAAGCAUAGUCAUUUAAUGUCGGUACUGGAAGAACUAAGAUUCCCACUGGACUCCUCCUAGUUUUUCUACUAUUUAGGUUGGCAUGGCUGCUUUUGACUGAGCAGAUAAACAGCAAUAAAAGGUUGGGCUAAGUUCUAAUGGGUGACGUUUGUUGAAAACCUUCUAGUAGAAAUAGCGGAUUGUUUAAGUAAACAGUGUAUUCCCAGUCUUUAAAGAGAGAUACCAGUUCUCCUGAUUAAGUGCAGUGGCACACUGCUAGGAGCCCAAUCUGUAGAAUGCUGGUGUAGGUUCCAAUGUUCAGAGUUGUAAAGUCACAAGACAGUAGAAUAAUUGAGAUUGGAAGAGGCCUCUGGAGGCCAUCUGAUCCAGUCCCCUGGGAGCUUUGUCGGGGGAGGCACAACGUCUUUCUAAGGCCCUUUGUUGUGCUUCAGAAUGUGUAAUGUUUGUUGCUUCUGCCUGGCUGCUCAGCAUAGCUGGGACAGUGGCUUCCUUUUGUCCCCCCUAAGCCUCUCUCCCAAAGAGGAGGAUCAUGGUGUAAUAAGGUCUCAGAGCAUGUCUGCAAAUUGUCAGCUUAUCUGCUCUUUACUGACUGAAAGAACCUGUUCUACUUUGAGCCUAAACCUUAGUGCCUUAAAAGAUACUUGUUCUAGCCUUUCAUCCAGACUUGAAUUUAUUUGUAAACUUAAAGAGCUAAAUUUACCAAGAUUUGUUCUUCGCUACAGGGACUGAGCAAAGUAUGACUGCUCUCCUUUACACCAUAGACCAGAAUUUCCCUCAGCUCAAGGAAGCAUGGUUUUGGUGAAUAUAUCUUGCCUAAGCCAUGUACUUUUUUCCAUACAUUUUAUAUUCUCCCUUUCCUCUCCAUGCCAUGUAUCAUAGACAUGGGGUGGAAUAAAGGACUCUGAAGAAGUCUUUUUUAUUACUGUCCUUGAUCUUUACCCUGACACUUACACCAACCCUGCAUGUGUGGUGCAUCUGAUCUGGAGCUGGAUUGUAGGGUUUCCUCAGGUCUCACCCUGACACUAAAAUGCAGAAUUUCGCUAUGCUUUGAGAUCAGUUGUGAAGGAAAAGUUGUCGUUUCUCCUUGGUGAAAUUAAUCCACUGUUUUAAUUUGAAAUGUGUUGGAGAAAGAGAAGCUCUGUGGAUGCUGGCUGCUUCCAUGGGAAACUGUCUUGCCACAGGCACUUCUUGGAUUUAAGAGACUCCAGGUUGGCAAGGAGCUUCUGGAGAAUCUUGUGAAUUAUUUUGUAACCCAGAGGCACUGGAGAUUGGCCAGUACCAAUGACUGUCUUGCUUAGCUUAUUUCCCAGCUGGUGCCACAUGGGACCCCUGCUACUGUUUGUUUUUAAUGUCCUAAUUACUGAUGUGCUUAUGCUUUUCCCUGGAAGACUUGGAGAGACUUUAACUUUGUCCACCUCCUUAUUUUUCUUUUCUUUGGACAAUGAUGGGAAACAUCACACUUUGAACAAAUGGUCCUAGUUGGAUAUCUAGUGUGGUUGGUGGUCAACCCAGGGCUAUUCCAGGGUGCUCAUCUUCCUACAGUUUCUUGGCUGAACAUACUUAUUUGUAAUUCCUACCUAUGGAGAUAAAGCAGGAAGACCAAGGAGCUUGUCUGGAUGACUUUGUUUCAGCACUGGAGGCCUACUUUUGGAAUACAGAGGGUCUCUUUGCCCACAGCUGGUGGCUAUCACAAAUUUUUUUUAAGAAGAGCUAAAAGAGUAACUCUAAUGUUUGAAUUCAAGAAAGGAGGGCUGUAAUUAGCAUAGUACUUGUCUGCAUUAGGUCCAGACUGAACAAUGUGAAUUGACCCAUGAGUCACAUUUGAAAUAUAGGGAAUUGUGUUUGCAGAGCUUGCAAAGCUAGGAUCACUCUUGAAUCUAUCAGCCACUGUCUGUGGAUCAUUUUUUUCUAAUUUUAUGAUGUGCUUAGGAUUUUAUGAAUUACCUUUUUGUAUGAUGGACUGGUAUUUUUAUUAGUUAAGAGGCAUUUAUGAUGAUUGCAAUGACAGAAAAUUAUACAGGGCUGCUUCUUCCAAAACUAGCAACAGUUUUGACAUUAGCUUUACCCUCUGCUGACUUUUAGCAGGUAGCCAGGGCCCUGGAGAUUCUACCCUUGGAAGCUGAAUUGGUGACUUGGAAUUUGAUUCUCUCCUUGUGCCUCCAAUAGGUUCAUACAUCAUGCAAGAGAACUUCUUCCUGUCCUAGGCCAAAUGUCCAUUUUUCAGGAAAGGGCUGCCCCUUUCUCCAUCAAAGAGUAGAGGCUAUUUGAGACCUGUGGUGAGAUCCCAAGAUAGUUGCAUGGAAGGAGUUCACUUUCCUUUGCAUUCAAAUGUGUACAAGCCAACACAUAUCCAGCAAGUUUUCCCAAGAGCAAGAAGCCACUCACACUGCAAGAAAACCGAGAUGACUCUCUCUGUAACAGGAGCAGCUGCUGCAGCUGCUGGAGUAAGAGCACACUAACAGCAGAGGUGGUGCUUUCUAAUCUAUACCUAUGAAGGAGUCCUCCAUCUUUAUUUGUUCCUCCAGUCCCCAUAAUUGAGCUAGGGUGAUUAAUUGUAGAUUGUGAACACAGUUCACAAAUUGUGAAAUAGGAGAGGUUUUAUCUAUAUCAUACUUGAUUUCCUCUUUAGUCACUUUGUUCAUGUUUAUAGAAACAUUAAACAAAACUCUUCAGGGAAAAUUUAUUGUAUCUCUGUGUUAAUUCUGUAAUUUCUUAAAUUGUGACAGAAGCAGAUUGGGUGAUCCAGCAGGGAAGCAGAAAUGAUACCAGGCUUACUGGUCUGCAGACCACUGUGGUUCAUAAAGCACCAGUUGGUGGGCUGUGAAAUAACGACAAAGGAAAUCUGUCUUUGCGUGCUUUACAGCUACAAGCAGACAGAAAAGUGGGAAGGAAAUAGGCUCAGCUUUAGAUGCUUAUUUCUGGUUUUAAUUGGCUAUAAAUGAAACCCAUUGUGGCAGCAUUGCACAAUACAACAUGGACCCUUUUCCAGUAAGAUCACAGGGUCUUUGACUUUUUAAGAGAGAGAGAGAGAACUGAGCAGUUCCAAUACAGCACACUGAAAGAAAUAACAGUAGGAAAUAUCCUAGUCUCAUUCUUUCUACAUUGCAAUUUAUUCAUGCUUCAUUUUUAGCCAUUCCAGAGAGCUGAUGUUCAUAUGCCACCUCAUUCACGAUGGAAAAAGUUGAAUAUUUCACAUAUGGGAGCUAUUGCUAUUCUAAACUUUUGUUCUUCCAUUCUUGUUGAAAGAACAAGGAAUAUACCUUACCCCCAAAGAAUGAAUCUUCUGUCUCAGAUAAAGUGCCUUCCUAGCCACCAGUGUUACCCUAAUUUAAAAUAAUGUAAUGAGUAAGUGACCAUGCCACACAAGGCCAGAUAAGGUCACCCAUGCUACAGUCAGCUGCUUUCUACCUCAGACAAGAGAUGCAUAAGAGAGAUAAAGAAUCGUGUAAUUUUUCUUUGAUUAAGAAAAUACUUGCACUAUCUGGCUUUCUUGCUUAUUUGCAGAACGCCCUGCCAUACUGGAAUGCCAUUCCAGGAAUGGGGGCAAGGGCUGCUUCUGUGCAAUCAUUGAUCUGGUCUUGGCAAGUGCCCAUUUGGCACUAGAAAGUGCUGAAACACCCAGUUGCUAUCUCUGGGAUUGUAUUCACGAUAGUACUGCCUAAAGUUAGGCUGACUUCAGGGCCGGGGAACUUGCCAUGUGUGAUAACAGCCACAAUGCAAAGCUCUUCAGCAGCAUGAAUCACCACAAAGGGCAGCUAAGUCCCUUCUGUUACUACCUCCUGCAGCACAUCAGUUUAAAACACCCACUCAGAGCCUCCCAUUUGUUGACCUGACAUAAGAAAUAAAAUGAGGUUAUCUUAAAAUAACCCCUCCAAGUAAUGACUGCUCAUUCCUGUUUCUGCUAAGUGUAAUGCCUAUGAUGUGCCUUGUACUGGUCUUCUGAAUGUUAUUCCAGCUGUUAAAGAAGAUUAUAAAUGUGUAGAUUCUCUUCAAUGACUGUAAAAUGUAUAAUUGAAAUAUAAGCAAACUUUCAGCCAGUUGCUCUAGUGUGUUCUUCCUUGGCCAUAAAUUGCUUUUUAG